AUGAGCAGUAGUCAUCAAUUUUAUCUUCUGAGAAUUGAACUAUCAACUGCUGCUCAGAAGAAGUUAGACAAGAUCAGGGAAUUUGCUAAUGUGAUCUCAGCUGUAGAUAACAUCAUCAAUGAUAAUCAUUUCUUCAAGCUGCCUAGUGAGGCAUGCUUCAGCAAUCUCAUGAAUGACAGCCUGUCAGCAGACAUUGCAUUCUGGAAUGCACAUCUCACUAAACAGGAGGUGAAGCUGCAACAUGAGCUUGAGAAUGAUUGA